UUAUGUCAAGUGUAUAUGGAAAUUUCUCAAGACCCGAUAACAGGUGUUUAUCAAACAUCCGACAAGUUUUUGGAUCGUGUGGUGGAAGCUUUCGAAAAAGAGAAAGCUUCAACUUGGAGUGAGCAUACCAAAAAAUCUAUUCGAUCUCGAUUUCAAACAAUUGAGAGAGCAACAAGGAAGCUACAUGCAUGCAUCAAACAAUGUGAAAAUAGACGUCCAAGUGGUGCUUCAAAUGAUGAUAUUUUCAAUGAAGCUAAAGAAAUGCUAAUGGAAGAUCCAAACUUCAAAACCGGUUGGAAAUAUGAUCAUGUAUGGAGUAUUAUUAAGAAUUUUGAAAAUUUUAAAGAUGGUGUCACUUCCGCUAAAAAGGUAUCAAAUUCAUGUGGUUUCGAGUAUAUAUCUUCUGAGUCUGAAAAUCCUACACCAGAUUCUGCUACAAAAGCAUCUGCAGGUUUUUCUACAUUUUCUAUAAACUUAGCUGAUGAAGACGACUUUAGUGGCGGAUCUCCAUCUCAACGACCAAUUGGAGUGAAAAAAUCCAAAUUGAAAAGAAAAGUUGAUGAUCAAACAUGGCUGUUAUCCAAACUUUAGAAGAAGGAAAUAGACAACUUGUGGAAGAGUUAAAGAAGACAAGUGCACAAAGACAACACCACUUGGAGAUUCAAAGUAAGAAUUAUGCAUUAAAAAAACUCAA